CGUCGCCGAAACAUGAUGGCUUUGCUUGUUGUUGUUUGCUUGUGUUUGCUUUGUGGCUGUAUCCACUAUCUUUUUGAAUGUCGCUGUCGUCGCCAAUCCAAUUCACCACCACAGAUACAAACAGCACAAGCGCACACACACACACCACCACCACCACACCACCGCACACCACCAGCAGCGACCAUGGCUGACAUGCCCCCCACGCCGCAGAGCGCGAUCCAGGCAGACUGGCAGACGCGCGAGUUUGUGGAGACCAUCUCCUCGGGGAUUCGCCGCAUCACAGAGUUCCUGAACGACUUUGACAACUCGACGCGGUACCGCCUUGCAGUGCUGAACGAGAAGCUUGGUUCGCUGGAACGGUCACUGGAGUUUGUGGAAGCAAAGAUUGACAAGGCCACGAACCGGGACAGCUAAACUGCACCCCGUUCAAGCAUUGCCCUUUGUGUUUCUUCGUGUUGAGCAUCACGCUCAUCUGCCUUCAUGCCAUGUUGUAUGUUUGCGGCUGUACCGCGCUCAUGGCCUGACCCCACACCCCAACCCGUUCCACGUUUCCACCUUCACGCACCCACCUGCACAUGCGUACGUACUCUUCGUUGUGCUUGUCUGCCUCGCUGUUCGUCUUGUCGACUUUUGUUGUGUGUAUGUGUGAGUGUGCGUGUGUGCGUGUCAUUGCGUCAAUCACGUGUCUAUGUGCGGAGUGCAUUCGCAUUAUUGAACACUAUCUUCCACA